CAGCACAAAUCUUAGUUUGAGUUAAUUGUAGUACCCUAAAGAAAAGGAUGGAGUUACUUUUGGGAAUUCGUGGCUAAAACAAGUGCCAAAAUAUUCAACCUCUGCCCUGCAGUAAAGAAAAGGUCAGAAGCGCCUGCUGGUUCUUCUUCUUCUUCUUCUUCUUCUUCUCGUCGUCUUAAAUCCAAAGCAACGAGUACAAUAUCGUCCAAGAACGCACAAGGAUGCUGAGGGAUUUGGAUUUGGAUUUGGGUUCAGGAUCCUCUUUGUGAUAUAAACUUUCCUUUUUUGCUUGGGUGUGAAAGCAAGGGUUCUUCCUGUCGGAGCUAAGAUUUGCUCAGAUCUGCUCUUCUAUCUGAAUCUUGAGCUCUUCGGCGCUUUGCAUCUAUUAUCAGUUGUACAAAUUUCCAAGAACUUUAGGAAGAUGAAUGAAGCCCCAGGUGGAAGAUGCUGGUGCCAUGCCUGCCGUCGAGUAGUAAAUCCGGUCAUGGAACCGGAAGUCAAGUGCCCCCUUUGUGAUGGGGGGUUUGUCGAAGAGAUAGAGAGAGGGGGGCUCACUGAUUCUGACUCUGUUAGAUCCGAUCGGUCCUUCUCACUUUGGGCUCCAAUCUUACUAGAGAUGCUGGGCGAUUCUUCUCGGCAAUCAAGGUCUAGAAGAUACGAGGAAGAUGAGGACUCAGAUCAGGACCACGAGUUCGAAGAUUUCAUAAGGAGACGCCGUCGGAGAUCUGCCAUUAUCCAGUUACUUCAGAGCUUUCAGGAUGAUCAGAGGUCAGAGGGAGGUAACCUAGAGCGUGAAGUGGAUAGGGAAAUUGAAAGGAAUAGAGAUACAGAAAGGGAAAGGGUAAGGGAUAGAGAGAAUCUAAUUCUCAUCAACCCUUUCAGCCAGACUAUAAUCCUUCGAGAAUCCUUUGACACGGAUAGUACCGAAGGCCGGGAAUCCAAUAACGGAAUCUCCAGUGCAGAAUUUGGUGAUUACUACGUUGGAUCUGCAUUGGAUGUUCUUUUGUAUCAUUUAGCUGAGAAUGAUCCCAACAGGUAUGGCACUCCACCAGCUAAGAAAGAGGCAGUAGAUGCCUUGCCCACGGUGAAAAUUGAGAAAGCUCUGGGCUGUUCUGUCUGUCUUGACGACUUUGAGAUCGGUAUGGAUGCGAAAGAGAUGCCUUGCAAACAUAGGUUCCACAGUGACUGCAUCUUGCCAUGGCUGGAACUCCACAGUUCAUGCCCGGUUUGUCGAGCUCAGUUGCCUGUUGAUGAAUCAAAGGUUAGUGAUGGUGGCGGCGACGAGAGAGGUGAUAGAGGAGACGACAACCGACUCUGGGUCCCUGUCUCUUGGCCUUUCGCUGGGCUCUUCUCUAUAUCAGGUUCUCAGAACAGUGCAAACUCAUCCUCAAAUGCAACAGCAUCGUCUUCUAACUCUGAAAAUAGUAAUUCUCAUCGCGAGGAGAACUGACUUUGUUUUGUUCAUGCAUUGAAGGAACAAAAGUCUAACAAUAUGGUACAUUUGUUAAUAUCAUUCCUGGAAGUUUGUUCUUGACUUAGCUUCAGGAUGAAACUCUGUCGUAAAACAAGUAUUAUAUUGCAAUAGUUUGAGCUUUAUAGAGCUUCUUGUUGUCACUGUUGUGCUCUAUGUUUCUCUUGCUUUGUUUAUGGAAGAAGGAAUAAGGGAAUGUAAAUUAUGUGUACGCACCUUUUAUUAACAAUUAUGUGUAAAAGAUAUAUUGCAGAUGAAAUAUGUUCAGGAAUGGGUUUUCAAAUAUUUGGGCAUUUCUUCAAAUAUUUGGGCCCUUUUUGUG